CUUUUUAAUUUUCAAUUUUAUAUUGAUUUGUGUUGUUGAAAUGAAUCAUCAUGGUCGGCGUUAUGAUAUUGCGCCAUUAGACUAAUAAACUUUUAAUCUAACGGCUUGCAUCCAUCCGACCUGAUACAAUAAAGUCGGAUAUAUCUUAAAGCCGACUGUUGAGAAUCGAAGUUUUCGUUUAUUGGUGGAAAAUAAAUUUCAGGACUAAAAUUGUAAUGGGUCUAGGCGCUAGCACUAUUUGAUGAAUGGAAGAAAUGGCAAAAGGUUCACAUUUUUUGGUGGGGCUUGUGCUCUUGCACUGCUUGGUAGCUAUGGCAGAAGCUGAGCAUUUGAGAUACAAAGAUCCAAAGCAGCCAUUGAAUACUCGAAUCAAGGAUCUUGUUGACAGGAUGACUUUGGAAGAGAAAAUCGGUCAGAUGGUUCAGAUUGAUCGCAGCGUUGCUUCCGCUGAUGUGAUGAAAAAGUAUUAUAUUGGUAGCAUUCUAAGUGGUGGUGGAAGUGUUCCUAAGCCAGAGGCUACUGCAAAGGAUUGGGUUGAUAUGAUCAAUGAAUUUCAAAAGGGUGCUUUAUCAACUAGGCUUGGAAUUCCAAUGAUAUAUGGAAUUGAUGCUGUUCAUGGAAAUAAUAAUGUCUAUAAAGCUACUAUUUUUCCUCACAAUGUUGGUUUAGGAGCUACAAGGGACCCUCAACUAGUGAAGAAGAUUGGUGAAGCAACUGCUCUUGAAUCCAGAGCAACUGGAAUUCCAUAUGUCUUUGCGCCUUGCAUUGCGGUGUGUAGAGAUCCAAGAUGGGGUAGAUGUUAUGAAAGUUAUAGUGAAGAUCAUAAAGUAGUUCAAGCUAUGACUGAGAUCAUUCCAGGACUUCAAGGUGACCUCCCUGCAAAUUGGUCAAAUGGUGUUCCAUAUGUUGCUGGAAACAAGAAAGUUGCAGCUUGUGCUAAGCACUUUGUCGGUGAUGGUGGAACAACAAAAGGAAUCAAUGAGGAUAACACAGUUGCAAACAGACAUGAAUUGUUUAGCAUUCACAUGCCAGCUUACUAUAACUCAAUCAUUAAGGGUGUCUUAACCGUCAUGGUCUCAUACUCAAGCUGGAAUGGAGAAAAGAUGCAUGCUAAUCGCGAUUUAAUCACCGGCUUUCUUAAGAACACGCUCCGUUUCAAGGGUUUUGUCAUAUCAGAUUGGGAGGGAAUCGACAGGAUAACUUCACCUCCUCAUGCUAACUACACAUUUUCAAUUGAAGCCGGAGUGAAUGCCGGUAUUGACAUGAUAAUGAUUCCCCAUAACUACACUGAAUUCAUUGAUGGCCUAACCUUACUAGUGAAAAAGAAUGUCAUACCUAUGAGUAGAAUUGAUGAUGCAGUGAAGAGAAUUUUGAGAGUCAAGUUUGUUAUGGGCCUAUUUGAAAAUCCAUUGGCUGAUUACAGCCUUGCCGAUCAGCUCGGGAGCCAGGAGCAUAGGGAAUUGGCUAGGGAAGCGGUGAGGAAAUCAUUGGUACUAUUAAAGAAUGGUGAAAAUGUUGAUAAGCCGAUACUUCCUCUUCCUAAAAAGGCUUCCAAAAUACUUGUUGCUGGAAGUCAUGCUGAUAAUCUAGGAUAUCAAUGUGGUGGAUGGACCAUUCAAUGGCAAGGACAAAGUGGCAACAACAUCACCACUGGUACUCCAAUUCUGAGUGCUAUAAAAAACGCAGUCGACAAAGAAACCAAGGUAUUCUACGAGGAGAAUCCUUCAUUAGACUAUGUAAAAUCCAAUGAUUUUUCAUAUGCAAUUGUGAUAGUUGGAGAGACACCAUAUGCUGAAACAAAUGGUGACAGCUUAAACUUAACAAUUUCUGGACAAGGAUAUGAAACAAUAAACAAUGUAUGCGGUGUAGUGAAAUGUGUCGUUGUGUUAAUCACCGGUAGACCUAUUGUUAUACAACCAUAUCUUGAGAAAAUUGAAGGACUUGUGGCUGGUUGGCUUCCUGGUAGUGAAGGUUCUGGUGUUGCCGAUGUUUUGUUUGGUGAUUAUGGAUUUACCGGUAAACUUCCAAGGACAUGGUUUAAGACUGUUGAUCAGUUACCAAUGAAUGUUGGUGAUUCUCAUUAUGAUCCUUUGUUUCCAUUUGGAUUUGGUCUUACAACUGAAGCUCAUAAGGCUACUUCAGAAUAUUAGAUUUUGUUAAAUCAUUUAGCAUUUUUUGUGUUCUUAGGCUAUUUAUUACUAUUGUAUUUUUUUCUACAUUAGAUGUUAGUACCAAAUUGGUAUUUUCAUAUACUAUGUUUGAAAAAAAAAAUCAGCUUUAAUUGUUAAACUUAUUGAGUUCCAAUUAAAUUUAUAUGUUUUUUGUUUA